AUGGCUUCACAGCAGGACCAGAAGCCAGUGGACAAACCAACUACAACCCUUGUCCAACAACCUAGACAGCAGAAGACUCCACAACAACAAGGCCAGCCUCCUCGGCCCCUAGCAACGACACUGAAAGCAGAGCCUUCGAAGCCUCAGCAACAGCUUCCAAAAGGUGGAGCCUCUAAUGCCAAAACUGUACCACCACCACAGUCCCAGCCCCCCAAGCAGGAGUCAGGAGGCUUCUUUGGCUUUCGUGGUGCUAAAUCUCAGCCUGCUCAGUCAAAGCCUGAAGAUUCUGUGUCUGGGAAGAUGUUUGGCUUUGGCACCUCUAUCUUUAGCUCUGCAUCUACUUUUAUCACCUCAGCUGUUCAGGAUGAGCCCCACACCACACCUCUAGCUUCCCCCAAGGUGUCUGCCCCUGUUGCACCUCAACAGAAGGAGACUCCCAGACCAGCUGGUCCCCAACAAGUGGCCCCUACAACAGCCUCACCCAAAAAGGAGUCAAUGCCUUCUGCUAUAUUGAAAGAGACCCCAGCACCAGGCUCAUCACAGAAGGAGCUGCUAAAGCAGCAUACACUCAAAAAACCGGUAAGCCCAGUUCCUACUCAGAAGGCUCCACUGGAGAAUCGGAGAACAUCAGAACCUCAUAAACCACCACAGCAGCUUAGCCCUGGGCGUAGGCAGAGUAGUGUCAUUCCAGCCACACAGCAACCCACUAAGGAGGAGUCAGGAGGCUUAUUUGGCUUUGCAGGUCCCAAAUCUCAGUCUGCCUCCUCAAAGCCUGAAGAGUCCGUGUCUGGGAAGAUGUUUGGCUUUGGCUCCUCCAUCUUCAGCUCUGCAUCCACUUUGAUAACCUCUGGUGUUCAGUAUGAGCCCCGCACCACACCGCCAGCUUCCCCCAAGAUGUCUGCACUGGCCCAGAUGUCUCCCAAGAUGCCCCCUGCAAAAGAGACUAACCCACCUGCUGCUCAAAAAAUAAAGCAACCCCAGCAGGUCAAGGUUCCCCCAUCAGUACAGGCCAAAGUGGACAAACCCCCAUCAGAGCCUCCACAGGUAGUAGCAUCCUCCCAUCGAGCUCCCAAAGCAGGCCAGUUCACCUGUCCACUUUGCAAGGUGGAAUUCAACAAGGGCUCUAAGGACCCUCCCAACUAUAAUACCUGCACGGAGUGCAAGAACACUGUCUGCAACCUCUGUGGAUUUAACCACAUGCCACAUGAAACAGUAAAGGAAUGGCUCUGUCUGACCUGCCAGAUGCAGAGAGCACUUGGAGCAAUGGAACCCCCAGGACCUCCCAUGAUGAAAUCCCAACCCUUGCCCAGCAUAGUCUCUACACCUGUUGCACUUCAAAAGGAGAAUGUCACACCUGCUGCAUCUCAAAAGCCGACCCCAGCUCCAGCUAAACCCCAGAAGGAGGAGAUCCCUGUACCUGCGGCUGGCCAAAAAGAGAUCACUACACCCAGUGUGCCUCAGGAGACACCAAUUCCCGCUGGUACCCCAGCACCAAAUGCAGACAAAAAGGAGGAGACCCCACCACUAGGAUCCACACAAAAUAAACAGGCUUCACCUGCUGUGGCUGAGAAGGAGAAUGAAGAACCUAGAAUUGUACAGAAACCAGUGGACCAACCAAUUCCAGCCACACCCAAAACCAGUGGAGCUGUUGCAACUGUACAGCAGCAAGAAAAGCAAACUCCUGCUACAAAGGCAUCACAACAAGUACAGCCCCAGCAAGCUCCAAUGCCAGACCUCGAAACUGCUCCCCUAAAGGAGCCAAUGACUCCUGCUUCAGAGAAAGAGAAGAAGAACCUAGCACCAGGGUCACCACAGAAGGAGGUAUUUCCGGCAGUGGCUUCACAGCAGGACAAAACGCCAGUGGACAAAUCAACUCCAACCCCUGUCCAACAUCCUCCACACCAAGAGACUCCACAACAACAAGAGCAACAACCUCAGCCUCUAGCAGGGAAACCGAAAGGAGAGCCCGGGAAGCCUCAACAACAGCUUCCAAAAGGUGGAGCCUCUCAUGCAAAAUCUGUACCACCACCACAGGCCCAGCCCACCAAGCAGGAGUCAGGAGGCUUCUUUGGCUUUGGUGGUGCUAAAUCUCAGCCUGCUCAGUCAAAGCCUGAAGACUCAGUGUCUGGGAAGAUGCUUGGCUUUGGCUCCUCUAUCUUCAGCUCGGCAUCCACUUUGAUCACCUCAGCUGUUCAGGAUGAGCACCGCACCACACCUCCAGCUUCCCCCAAGGUGUCUAUGACUCCUGCUUUAGUGAAAGAGACCCCAGCACCAGGCUCGUCACAGAAGAAGGAGGUAUCCCCGACAGUGGUUUGCCAGCAGGACCAGAAGUCAGUGGACAAACCGACUCCAACAGUAGUCCAACAACCUCCACAACAGAAGACUCUACAACAACAAGGACAGCCUCCGCAGCCCUCAGCAGAGGCUGCAAAAUCAGAGCCUGAUAUAUCAAUAAUUGAAGCUGCUAAAGCAGCAGACACUCAAAAUCCGGCAAGCCCAGUGCCUGCUCAGAAGGCUCCACUGGAGAACCGGAGAACAUCAGAACCUCAUAAACCACCACAGCAGCCCAUCCCUGGGCGUAGGGAGAGUAGUGCCUUCCCAGCCACAAAGCAACCCCCCAAGCAGGAAUCAGGAGGCUUAUUUGGCUUUGGAGGUCCCAAAUCUCAGUCUGCCUCCUCAAAGCCCGAAGAGUCAGUGUCUGGGAAGAUGUUUGGCUUUGGCUCUUCCAUUUUCAGCUCUGCCUCCACUUUGAUAACCUCAGUUGUUCAGGACGAGCCCCGCACCACACCGCCAGCUUCCCCCAAGAUAUCUGCACUGGCCCAGACCUCUCCCAAGAUGCCUCCUGCAAACGAGACAAAACUACCUGCUGCUCAGAAAGCAGAGGAGAAGAAAGCAGCGCAACCCCAGAAGGCCAAUAUCCCCCCAUCAGUACAUGCCAAAGUGGACAAACCCCCAUCAGCGCCUCCAAAGGGAGCAGCAUCCUCCCAACCAGCUCCCAAAGCAGGCCAAUCUACCUGUCCACUCUGCAAGGUGGAACUCAACAAGGGCUCCAAGGACCCUCCCAACUACAACACCUGCACAGAAUGCAAGAACACUGUCUGCAACCUCUGUGGAUUUAACCCCAUGCCACAUGAAACUGUAAAGGAAUGGCUCUGUCUGACCUGCCAGAUGCAGAGAGCACUUGGAGCAAUGGAACCCCCAGGACCUCCCAUGAUGAAAUCCCAACCCUUGCCCAGCAUAGUCUCUACACCUGUUGCACUUCAAAAGGAGAAUGUCACACCUGCUGCAUCUCAAAAGCCGACCCCAGCUCCAGCUAAACCCCAGAAGGAGGAGAUCCCUGUACCUGCGGCUGGCCAAAAAGAGAUCACUACACCCAGUGUGCCUCAGGAGACACCAAUUCCCGCUGGUACCCCAGCACCAAAUGCAGACAAAAAGGAGGAGACCCCACCACUAGGAUCCACACAAAAUAAACAGGCUUCACCUGCUGUGGCUGAGAAGGAGAAUGAAGAACCUAGAAUUGUACAGAAACCAGUGGACCAACCAAUUCCAGCCACACCCAAAACCAGUGGAGCUGUUGCAACUGUACAGCAGCAAGAAAAGCAAACUCCUGCUACAAAGGCAUCACAACAAGUACAGCCCCAGCAAGCUCCAAUGCCAGACCUCGAAACUGCUCCCCUAAAGGAGCCAAUGACUCCUGCUUCAGAGAAAGAGAAGAAGAACCUAGCACCAGGGUCACCACAGAAGGAGGUAUUUCCGGCAGUGGCUUCACAGCAGGACAAAACGCCAGUGGACAAAUCAACUCCAACCCCUGUCCAACAUCCUCCACACCAAGAGACUCCACAACAACAAGAGCAACAACCUCAGCCUCUAGCAGGGACACCGAAAGGAGAGCCCGGGAAGCCUCAACAACAGCUUCCAAAAGGUGGAGCCUCUCAUGCAAAAUCUGUACCACCACCACAGGCCCAGCCCACCAAGCAGGAGUCAGGAGGCUUCUUUGGCUUUGGUGGUGCUAAAUCUCAGCCUGCUCAGUCAAAGCCUGAAGACUCAGUGUCUGGGAAGAUGCUUGGCUUUGGCUCCUCUAUCUUCAGCUCGGCAUCCACUUUGAUCACCUCAGCUGUUCAGGAUGAGCACCGCACCACACCUCCAGCUUCCCCCAAGGUGUCUAUGACUCCUGCUUUAGUGAAAGAGACCCCAGCACCAGGCUCGUCACAGAAGAAGGAGGUAUCCCCGACAGUGGUUUGCCAGCAGGACCAGAAGUCAGUGGACAAACCGACUCCAACAGUAGUCCAACAACCUCCACAACAGAAGACUCUACAACAACAAGGACAGCCUCCGCAGCCCUCAGCAGAGGCUGCAAAAUCAGAGCCUGAUAUAUCAAUAAUUGAAGCUGCUAAAGCAGCAGACACUCAAAAUCCGGCAAGCCCAGUGCCUGCUCAGAAGGCUCCACUGGAGAACCGGAGAACAUCAGAACCUCAUAAACCACCACAGCAGCCCAUCCCUGGGCGUAGGGAGAGUAGUGCCUUCCCAGCCACAAAGCAACCCCCCAAGCAGGAAUCAGGAGGCUUAUUUGGCUUUGGAGGUCCCAAAUCUCAGUCUGCCUCCUCAAAGCCCGAAGAGUCACUGUCUGGGAAGAUGUUUGGCUUUGGCUCUUCCAUUUUCAGCUCUGCCUCCACUUUGAUAACCUCAGUUGUUCAGGACGAGCCCCGCACCACACCGCCAGCUUCCCCCAAGAUAUCUGCACUGGCCCAGACCUCUCCCAAGAUGCCUCCUGCAAACGAGACAAAACUACCUGCUGCUCAGAAAGCAGAGGAGAAGAAAGCAGCGCAACCCCAGAAGGCCAAUAUCCCCCAUCAGUACAUGCCAAAGUGGACAAACCCCCAUCAGCGCCUCCAAAGGGAGCAGCAUCCUCCCAACCAGCUCCCAAAGCAGGCCAAUCUACCUGUCCACUCUGCAAGGUGGAACUCAACAAGGGCUCCAAGGACCCUCCCAACUACAACACCUGCACAGAAUGCAAGAACACUGUCUGCAACCUCUGUGGAUUUAACCCCAUGCCACAUGAAACUGUAA